AUGGCGUGCAGCCUUCGCAUGGAGUGCAGCCUUCGCAUGGAGUGCAGCCUUCGCAUGGAGUGCAGCCAUCGCAAGGAGUGCAGCCUUCGCAAGGAGUGCAGCCUUCGCAAGGAGUGCAGCCUUCGCAAGGAGUGCAGCCUUCACAAGGAGUGCAGCCUUCGCAAGGAGUGCAGCCUUCGCAAGGAGUGCAGCCUUCGCAAGGAGUGCAGCCUUCGCAAAGAGUGCAGCCUUCGCAAGGAGUGCAGCCUUCGCAAGGAGUGCAGCCUUCGCAAGGAGUGCAGCCUUCGCACGGGGUGCAGCCUUCGCAAGGAGUGCAGCCUUCGCAAGGAGUGCAGCCUUCGCAAGGACCUUCGCAAGGAGUGCAGCCUUCGCAAGGAGUGCAGCCUUCGCAAGGAGUGCAGCCUUCGCAAGGAGUGCAGCCUUCGCAAGGAGUGCAGCCUUCGCAAGGAGUGCAGCCUUCGCAAGGAGUGCAGCCUUCGCAAGGAGUGCAGCCUUCGCAAGGAGUGCAGCCUUCGCAAGGAGUGCAGCCUUCGCAAGGAGUGCAGCCUUCGCACGGAGUGCAGCCUUCGCAAGGAGUGCAGCCUUCGCAAGGAGUGCAGCCUUCGCAAGGAGUGCAGCCUUCGCAAGGACCUUCGCAAGGAGUGCAGCCUUCGCAAGGAGUGCAGCCUUCGCAAGGAGUGCAGCCUUCGCAAGGAGUGCAGCCUUCGCAAGGAGUGCAGCCUUCGCAAGGAGUGCAGCCUUCGCAAGGGGUGCAGCCUUCGUAAGGUGUGCAGCGUUCGCAAGGAGUGCAGCCUUCGCAAGGAGUGCAGCCUAAGCAAGGAGUGCACCCUUCGCAAGGAGUGCAGCCUUCGCAAGGAGUGCAGCCGUCGCAAGGAGUGCAGCCUUCGCAAGGAGUGCAGCCUUCGCAAGGAGUGCAGACUUCGCAAGGAUUGCAGCCUUCGCAAGGUGUGCAGCCUUCGCAAGGAGUGCAGCCUUCGCAAGGAGUGA